UGGAGGAAGCCAGAAGGAUAGUUCAAACCCGCGGAAAUACGCAAUCAUUGGACUUGAUUAAGACCAGCUUGAUCUAUGCAGAGUUUGGUAUUGAGGGUUACACUGAUCCUACUGAACUGAUUGCCAAUGUGUGUGGGGCAGAAGGUUCAGGAAAAUCUACCUUCAUUGCAUCCUUCACAGCAGAAGGUUUCUUCAAUAAACGGCUACGCAAGGAGAAUCAACCGGACCUGAAGGCAAAAGAUUUAGCAUCCCGAACAAAGGGAAUUGAAGAAACCAUUUACAACCAAUCGCAGGUGAAGGUGCAUUUUCGCGACUUUGCUGGCCAAGAGCAUUACACCGAGUCGCAUGACAUAUUCACGGUUGCCAUGACAGCACCAUCUGUUGCCGCAAUAGUGGUGGACGGCACAGAGGUGGUUGAUGAGAUCACACAGACUGUCAGUGCAACCGCAGCCAAUAUUGUUUGUCGCCUGUCUGCACCUGAUGAUGGCCCUCUACAGACUGAGCAACAAGACCAGCAGCACCACCAGCACCGCCAGCAGCAGACGCAGCAGCAGCAGCAACAACACCAGGAAGAACUGCAACAGGCGCAGAGAAUUGAUGUCAUUGCGAUUGCCACACGAGCUGAUAAGCUAACACCUGAAGAGUGCACUGAAGUGGAGAAGGCCAUAAGGAGGGGAAUGAAAGCAUUCUCUCAGCACUUGGAUCUCUGCUUUGUGAGAGUAGUGGACGCUAGAAAGUCCAACAGUUACAGCAUGAAUGAUCUAAGGAGAGAUUUCAUGCACUUGGUCCAUCGAGUGUUGGCGAAAUCUCCCAAGCAACCACGUUUGCUGCAGAAGGCUCGAGAGCAUUUGGAUGAGGUUCAGGCAUCUAUGCCCAAUCCAUACUGCUCAAGAGAUGAGUUUGUGCUGGCAUUCUACAAGGCAAUUCAAGGAACCGACACUGCACCGCCAGAACGAUUCGCUGACAGGAUAGACAGAUAUCUACACAUCUUGAGUGCAUAUGGAUAUGUCAUCACAUUCCCAGAGCUGAAUGAUCUGGUGGUUCAUCAGCCUCGCUGGCUCCUGCAGGACGUGAUCGGGUUUAUGUACUCGUCCAACGUCUUCCCCCACCGCCCUGAUGGCAUUGCCAGGGAAUACAAGAUGAGUGAAGAGGAGUUCGUCCGUUCACUGACUUCAUUCGCCAAAGUAGGAGAAAAAGCUCCGCUCUGCGUGCGUAUGGUUCUACAGCUCGGCUUGUCCAUCCGCUAUCAGAAGAAUAUCCUUGCUCUCUCCCUGUUUCCCGAGUGCACACAGCCAUUGAAGGUGCACACAGCCUUCAUGACCUCACAAGUGAUGGUAGGUUCUGUGUACACCUGCAAUGGCUGUGUGCCAUUCUCAUCUGGUCUCAUUGUUCAAUGCCAAGCGCGUGUAUACGACUACUCCGCCUGCUUUUUCGCCAGUACUGAUCCCAUGUUCUUCAAGAACACUAUCAUUGUCCACCCGUAUCCGCACACAACAGCGCUGAUUGUGUUUUCGUCCGACCGUCAGCGCUGUUGUAUUGCAGUGACGUCCAGUUGCGGUACGUACCUGCAAGUGGUUCACCACGUCCACUGGUUAUUUCAAGAUCUCUUCCUUGACCUACUGAAGAGAUGCAGUCGUGGUACUUCGGUAGAGCCCACAGUACUCAGCCUGUGCAGCAUGCGUCAGCUUAUCCAGCAAUCGGCUUCACCAGCUGCCAUCUGUCCAGUGGUUGCUUCCUACCCGUCCGAAGCCGUCAUUCUUGCCGCAAGCAGUGUGCAAAGCAAAAAUGUCAAGGACGCCAGCGGUGUGUUCGUUGACUCGGUGCAGGAUCUUCAUCACGUUCCUGCCACGCACGUCAGUAUGCUUCCUGCCACAUGUACUGAUCGCCUGGAGAGUCUGCGAGAUUCCGCAUUCCUGAGCGAUCUCCAAUCAAGCCUAGAUGUGAGUGAGAGGGAAAUCAGCCGGCUUGGUGGCCCCCAAUCAGUGUCACCCGCUGGACCCAGUCGGCUGAAUGCCUCGCUGGUGUUGUUGGCAUGGUGCCGACAAUCUCAUCGUCACACAUCUACUGUGCUAUACAGCAGGUUAGCUCAGCACUGCUUUUCUUCGCCAUUCUCCGUUUUCUACCAAGAGAUCUGCAGGAUGCUGGUGGAGAAUGAGAACAUGCUGAUGGAAGCAUUCCCGGACAUCAUCACCUAUGAACAGCGGCAGUUGAAGGAGCAAGAACGUCUUCGUUGCCAGGCCGACAAUGUUCCAUUGGCGGAUCAUUGGUUCUCGACUGCACCCAAAAUGUCAUUUCUGGGACAGAAUCCCUCCAUGGGAAUGCUACGAUCUCACCUCCAUGCUAUGCACGUUACGGAUAAGCUGAUCGUGGACUCUGAUCACUACACUCUGGUCCAGGAAGCCGAAGCAGCAGCAGCAGCAGCAGCAGCAGCAGCAGUCUCAGCAGCAAGUCAACCAGCAGCAGGAGUAACAGCAGGAGUUGCAUCAGCAACAGCAGCACCAGGAGUAGCAGCAUCAGCAGCAGCAUCAGUAGCAGCAGCACCACCACCACCAGGAGUAGCAGCAUCAGCAGCAGCAGCAGCAGCAGCAGCAGCAGCAGCAGCACCACCACCACCACCAGGAGUAGCAGCGGCAGCAGCAGCAGCAGCAGCAUCAGCAGCAGCAGCAGCAGCACCACCACCAGGAGUAGCAGCAGUAGCAGAAGUAGCAGCAGGACUAGCAGCAGCAAGUCAAGCAGCAGCAGCGCCAGGAGUAGCAGCAUCAUCAGCAGCAACAGAAGCAUCAGAGAGCACAGGUAUGUGA